AUGACUCCAAAUGAUAGUCAUGCUGCAAUAAAGGAGAGAGACGAUAGUGGAGCAAAUGUUGGUGGCAAGAGACUAAUGGUUUCCAAGGAAUAUCUUGUAACUGGUGAAAUUUUUGUCUUAGGUGAGGAAAUUGUUGCUGGGGAUGACCUGUAUGGUGGUUCUGAUAGGUUGCUGUCACAAAUAACCCCAAAAUCUGGAAUUGUGGUCAAACGGGUAAAUACAACUAAUCUAGAUGAUGUUGCAUCUGCAAUUGGCCCCUGGACAAAGCUUGUGUGGCUAGAGAGCCCAACCAACCCCCGUCAGCAAAUUUCUGAUAUUCGUAAAAUUGCAGAAAUGGCUCACACCCAUGGUGCUCUUGUCUUGGUAGAUAAUAGUAUUAUGUCCUCUGUAUUGUCACAGCCAUUGGAACUCGGGGCAGACAUAGUGAUGAACGCAGCUACUAAAUUCAUAGGAGGGCAUAGUGAUGUCAUGGCAGGUGUGCUUGCAGUAAAAGGGGAAAGCUUGGCAAGAGAUUUGUAUUUCCUUCAAAAUUCAGAAGGCUCUGGUUUAGCACCAUUUGACUGUUGGAUGUGUUUACGUGGUAUCAAGACCAUGGCCUUACGUGUUGAGAAACAACAGGACAAUGCACAGAAGAUUGCUGAGUUUCUUGCAUCACAUCCACAAAUAAAGAAAGUUAAUUAUGCUGGUCUUCCUAGUCAUCCUGGACAUGAUUUGCACUAUUCUCAGGCAAAGGGGGCAGGCUCUGUACUUAGCUUUACAACAGGAUCACUGGCACUCUCAAAGCACAUUGUUGAGACUACCAAGUUCUUCAGUAUAACUGUCAGUUUUGGGAGUGUCAAGUCUCUUAUAAGCAUGCCCUGCUUUAUGUCCCAUGCAAGUAUACCAGUGGCAUUGCGAGAGGCCAGAGGUCUCACUGAAGAUCUUGUUCGUAUCUCUGUGGGGAUAGAAGACGUCAAUGAUCUGAUUUCUGAUUUAGACUAUGCACUAAGAACUGGGCCAUUGUAGGCACUUGAGUGUUUGACCCUCUAUUGAAUCUGAAGUUAUCUUUGCUUUAAAUUGAACAAGCAUAGGGCAUGUAAUGGUUUCACAUUUAUUGAAAUGUUUAGGUUAUAAUAAUGCUACUUUUAGCAGCAGUUAUAAUAAUGAAUUCAGAUUUAGUUGGUGGA